AGCGACUGUCCCCCACCCAGCCCCCCCCCCCCCGCGGGGCAUGGGAGGAUGAAGAGCGCUGAGCGGCCCGGAUUCAUCCCAGGAGCGAUGUUGGACGCGCGGCCAGAACUGCGGAGAGACCCCGAGGCGCACGGCACAGACCCCCUUUGCUCGCGCUGCUGCGGAGUGGGGGCAGCCGCCUCCCUGGGGGGGCUGCCUGCUCGCUGCGGGAGUUCCCGGUGUGGUCUCCACGCGCUCGGGGGGGCGGCUGCCCUUGGCCUCCUCCUCCUCGCGGCGUGUCUCGGAUUCCUGUCGCUACUCGGGCCGCGACGCGGGGAGCCCGUGGAGGUGGCGCUCUUCCUGGUGUUUGAGGACACGCGGGGCCGGGACGUGAACGAGACGAUCGUGGUCAGGAGGGACGAGGAGGUCGUGACCUUCCACACGCUCGGGUCCGCCGAGCAGUCUCAUUGCGCACUCUACGACUACCACAACGGUCUCGUGUGGGUGCGUCCGGCCUCACGUCGCGUCUGUCUACUCAGGCGCAUGAGCCGCCCCGAGAAGCGCCAUGUGGCGUCCGUACUGCGCGGGGCCGGCCGCGGUGGUCAGGUGAGGAUCUCCCGGAACGCCACGCGCUUCCCCCGCGAGAUUCUGCUCAUCCGCGCCUCUCGACCCACGCCCCUGCCGGGGCACGCAGCCGUGCCCGCGCUCUGCCACUCCACGCCCGUGCUGUGGGCGGCGAGAUCCACAGAGAUGGCCACGUGGCGCACCAUGUACUUCUGCCUGGACCUGUGCUUCCUCAACAGCCUCUGCGCCUCAUUCUGCUUCUACUACCUCCCCGACUGAAGAUCCCCCCCCCCCACCCCCGAUUGGUGCACCCAAAACGCGGGCAGUCGCCGAAGAUUGUUUGGGAAGCUGUUUGGAAGUGGUGGUAAGCGGCAACGUGGCCGUGGGUAGUGCCGGAUUAAGCUAGUGCGGGACCUGUACCAUUGGUUAUAAAGGGGCCCUAAAUAAAAAAAAACACGUACAUAUUAAAAGACAUUUUUUACUUGCAUAGUAAAGUAAUUGUAUUUUUUAAUUUGCUAUACAGACAGAUAAUACGACAAAUCGCUAACCUUAAAUACCCAGUCGUGCAUAAAAGUUUAAGGCAAUAUAGUACUAUAGCAAUAGAGCAAGUGCAGAAUCACUGAGCCGGAAUUGAUAGCUUGAGAAUUGAUAGCUUGAAAGCAUUUAGCGUGGGGCCCUUGAAAGUGCGGGGCCCGUAGCUACAUGUGUAGCUACUUUUGCUACAAGGAUAAUCCGGCACUGGCUGUGGGUGGUUUGAAGAAAUGAAUUGGUGCGCAGUAUCCCCCCCCCCCCAUCCCUGGUCCUGUAACGUGAACCGUGAUGUGCACGUGUAGAUACUGUAUC